AAUCUGUUCAUCGCGCCUCCAAUCACGCCAUGGUCAGGCGAUGUAGAUGGGACUGGGACACGAACGCCUCACCCAAUCAGACAACGGUCGAUUCUAUUCGAUGACAGUGAUCUCACUGCGUCUCCUUUCCAUGUUGAACCUUAUCCUCCGCGCAAGUCUGGGGAGCACAUGGUCAUCAACUCGCCUGACCUCCGUCGUGUGGAAGGCGUCUACGACCGCUUCCUUAUGUCUACCACAGGUGUCAAACGCGUCGGCAAGGGAUACCAAUCCGACAACCUUCAACCCGUUCACACUGCAUCCUCCACUUUAGAAUGUAAACCAACAAAUAACAAUCCGCGUAACUUCAAGGUGUUUAAUUCUACUCGACGAGGAAUGCCUCAGCCGGUGUCUAGUGAUGAUAUGUGGAGCAAUCUGUCUGUGGAUGAGCUUGGUGUCGUGGCCUGCAGUGCAAGCACGUCACGCUCAUCGAAGGAGGAUAGCAAGAACACUGCUACUGCUGCGCUCGUUCUCCGCGCGUUUAAGGCGAUAGUGCCUGGAAGGACGGUCUCCAGAAGAUUGUCCCGCACUAUCGUUGCCUGA